AUGGACGACCACUAUGACGUGCUAGUGGUGGGCACAGGCCUCACGGAGGCCGUGCUGAGCGCGGCGCUCAGUCGCGCAGGCAAGCGUGUUCUGCAUGUGGACCCGCAUGCGUACUACGGCGCCCAGUGGGCGAGUCUCACGCUCUCGGAGCUGGGCGACUGGGCGCGCGAGGCGCACGCGGACCUGCGCUUUCCCCGCGGCCCCCUGUGCGAUGAGCAGCGGGCGCUCGACCGGCACUACUCGCUCGCGCUGCGGCCUGCGAUCCUGCCGGCGUAUGGGCCCAUGAUGGAGGCGCUCGUGCGCUCGAACGUGGCGUCGUACGCGACGUUCCGUCUCCUGGGACGCGUGGGCGUCGUGACGCAGGGCCAGCUCGCGCGAGUCCCCAGCAGCAAGUCGGACAUUUUCCGCGACGCGCGCAUCUCGCUGGCGGACAAGCGGCGCCUUAUGCGGUUUCUUCAGGCCGCGACGUCGCCGGGCGCGUACCACGGGGUAGCGGCGCCGAUGCCCGCCGUCUUGCGCGACGAGCUGCAGCUCGACGAGCAGCUCAUGCCGUCGAUCGUGCACGGCGUCUCCCUGUGCUGGGACGAUCAUGAGCCGGCGGCUACGGCGAUGGAGCGCACGCGCCGCACGCUGCGUGGAUACGGGCGGUACGGCCCGUCGCCUUUCCUCGUCGGCCAGUAUGGCGGCGCAGGCGAGCUGGCGCAGGGAUUCUGCCGCGCCUCGGCGGUGCAUGGCGGCGUGUUCAUCCUCGGCCAUGCCGUCACGGCGCUCAGGCGCGACGGCUCUGCGUGGUCCGUGCGCCUGGACGGCAUUGACGUGCCGUUCACCGCCGCGCAGGUCGCCGCGCCACGCACGCUCGUGCCGUCACUCGUGCCGGCCGAUACGCCGCCUGCGCCUGGCUACGAGCACAUGGCCUUGCUUAUCACGGACGCGCCGAUCGACUGGGCCACGCAUAUGCCUCUCGACGAGGGCGAGCUGCCUCCCGAGACGGCGCUCCUUGUCGUGCCGCCGCAGGGGCCGUCGCAGCCGCAUGCUGCGAUGAUCCUCGCGCAAGGCGAAGGCACAUUUGCGUGCCCGAAGGGGCAAUACGUGUACUACGUGAUGUCGCACACCGGUGCCGGCAUCGGCGCGCGCUUCUGCCUGGAAGGGGCUGUAGCGCACCUACACUCGCUGCUGGCCUCGGCGGACCCGUGGCUCGUGGAAAUGUAUGCAUCGCAUGCGCGGCCGGCCCAGUACGAUGCGUCGUCCGAGGCUUAUAUCGAUACCCUCGCGCCCCUCCCCGCCACGGACGGCCCUCGCACGUCGCUGUGUAUGGACGAAGAGCCGGUGCAUACACAGGCCGUGCCGAACCUCUCCGAGACGCUCGACCAGGGCGUCGCCGCCGCGGAGCAUGCCUUCUGGCGCCUCGUCGGCCCCGAGCUCCGAGACGCCGCCCAGGCAGCGGCUAUGGCGCGUGCCCAAGAACACGACCCGGCUGAGUACCACGGGCGCGGUGGCGCCGAACCAGCUCUGCGCGCGCCGAUCCAGGCGCCCAUCGAGUUCUUGCCGCGCCAGACCAGUGAUUAUGCAUGA